AUGCAUAUUGCAGCAGGAUCAACUCAACAAAAACCCAGGACUAAUGCUCGCGUAUUCGCUAUGACUCAACAAGAUGCAGAUGUUGCCGACAAUGUUGUUUCAGGUAUAUUGCCCAUAAACUCUAUAAACGCUUAUGUCUUGUUUGACUCUGGUUCCUCUCAUUGCUUUGUGUCUAAGAGAUUUGUGAAGUCUUUGAACCUAAUAACGGAAAAAUUAGAUGAACCCUUGAUUGUUAGCACCCCUAUGAAGAAGAUUGAAGUUGCGGCGGAUAUGUGGGUCAAAAAUUGUAUUUUUUUGCUUGGAGGGAGAGAAAUGGUGGCAAAUCUAGUUUUGCUGGAUAUACAUGAUUUUGAUGUCAUACUUGGGAUGGAUUGGCUAUCAAAGAACCAUGCUUAUAUUGAUUGCUCUAAGGGAAAGGUUAUAUUCUAG